AUGGAUGCUCUAUCCUCGGCGGCGAGCGUUAUCGCAGUCAUCCAACUGACAGGAAGCAUCGUGAAGCUUUGCGGGGGUUACAUUCAGGAGGUGAAAGAUGCACGAGACGAAAUUUUCACCCUACAACAGGCAAUUACAGGCCUCCAAGGCACACUCCAAGACUUGCAUAAAUUGCUUCAAAGUAAUGACGGAUUGGCCCUACCCACAUCUUCACGACUAGUCAGCAAUAUUAUCGAUUGCCUCUCCGACCUCCGCGCCUUAGAAGCCAAACUUGAUCCAGGGAAGGGGAAGAAGCUCAUGAGGAAAGUGGGUUUGCGGGCCUUAAAAUGGCCCCUGAAGCGCGCAGAGUUGGAAGGCGUUAUUCAGAACCUUGAGAAAUAUAAGUCUUCGUUCAUCUUCUCUUUACAGGUGGACCAAACUUCUCUGAUAGUCAGUGUGGCCCAGAAUACUGAUCGUAUUAAUCAGAAUAUGGAUCUUGGGAAGUUGGAAGGCGCGAUGGAGGCAGUGUUUGAGUCAUUCUCCGAUCGUGACGAAGUCCAAUGUCUCCAAGGCACUAGGACUGAGCUCCUCCAGCAGAUAAUGGAAUGGGCUAUGUCACCGUCCCAAAAAAGCAUUUUCUGGUUAAAGGGAAUGGCUGGGACAGGAAAAUCCACAAUAUCUCGGACUGUGGCAAGGUCGCUCCAGGACAGUAACUAUCUAGGCGCUAGCUUCUUCUUUAAGAGGGGUGAAGGGGACCGUGGGAACGCGAAGAAAUUCUUCCCGACAUUAAUUAGGCAACUAAUGCUCAGGACUUCUGAGCUAAGGCCUAGUGUGCAAAAGGCACUCGAUGAUGACCCUGACAUUACGUCGAAAUCGCUAAGGGAGCAGUUUGAGAAACUGCUCCUUCAACCGCUGGUUUAUCUUGACCAACUCGGCCGACAACCUCGAACCGCUGUGAUAGUGAUCGACGCUUUGGACGAAUGCAAAAGCGAUUCGCCUUCGGAUCUUCUUGACAAGCAGGCCUGA